ACAGCGGACUCGUGUGUGUCAACGUCGGACAAUACCAGGUUUAUUUGAAAAGACGAGCGCUCUUAACUCCGAAAGUUUGUGUUUUCAAAUAAAUCUGUUAGACUAUAACUUGAUGUCGUGUGAUUUCUGAUUUUGUCCACCCCAGUCCGACACCGGCAACUCCAUAUCAUGUGUCAGGUUCGACGAAGCGUGUUUUAGUGUAAUGUUGCAUGUGGAUUAGUAGUAGAGUCACAAACUAGAGUUGUGGUAGAAGUGCUCGAGAACUUAUUUAAGCAUAUUAAUGUGUUGCUACGCAUUAGACAAUAAUAAAACACAACUUGGAACAAAUUCAUCCUGCGAUUGGUGUGGAGGCAAGGGAGACUGAAAAGUAUUCGUUAAUCAGUGAAAGAUCAUUCAGCUAGGGAGGAUGAUGCAAACCCAGGUGGAAGAGUAUUUGUCCUGUGUUUUCCCCAAGGAUGAUGGUCUUUUUUCAGAAUAUUACACAGAGGAGAGCAGUUACAAGUUUUGUGGGCAUGUUUUAAAGAUCACCCAAAACUUCAGCGCCAGUCUGGGAGUUGCUGCUCCAGUGUGGGAUGCCGGUCUGGCUCUUUGUCAAUACUUUGAGGACCAGAAGAUGAGUUUCUGUGGGAGGAAGGUGAUUGAACUGGGUGCAGGCACUGGAAUUGUGGGGAUUCUUGCUGUUCUCUUGGGUGGCGAUGUAACCAUCACGGACCUACCACAAGCUUUGAAACAAAUAGAGAACAACGUCUUGGCCAACAUCCCCUCUUCCUGUGCUCAUCGCUGCCAGGUCUGUGCCCUAUCCUGGGGCAAUAACCAUAGUCACUUUCCCACUGACUAUGAUUUUGUUCUGGGCUCUGACAUUGUGUAUCUCCCUGAAACCUAUGCUUCACUCAUCCAUACUCUGCAGCACCUUAGUGCACAGAGGGCCACCAUUUAUCUCUCUUCCAAAAUGCGGAGGGAGCAUGCAACUGUCUUUUUCUAUGAGGAGAUCCUGCCUCAGCAUUUUCAGUGCCAACUUCUUUACAGGAAUGAAGAGAAAAAUAUUAACCUGUACAAAAUAACCAAAAAAUAACUGAGUGUCAGAGAGCAGCAAUGGGAAGAGAAAUCUGUCAUUUAAUAUGACUGUCAAGAUGAGGCAGACCUUCUGUGGGUGACCCAAUUAGUAUUUGGUUUGAAGAAUUAUUUUCUAUCUUGUAAUAAGAAUACUUCUAAUUUUCUUUUGACCUCUUUCUUGAAAACCUGUUUAAUUCUUGAAGUUGGUAGCAUAUCCUAGGAUGCAGUUCAAUGUAUUUCACUGAUAAUCUGUUUCAAUGACAACUUAGCUAAAUGGCUACUCUUCACAUCAGCUACAAGAGUUAAGGGACCAUUUUACCAUUUAGGAUAUUACAACCAAGGCCCAUGCUGUUCAACCGUCUCUGGCUUGUUGUUUCUCCAUCUCCAACCCCAUCUUUGGCCCAAGGGGACUGAAAUCAAUAGGAGUGUUGUUACUGCCUCUUUG